CCUGCGGACGUGUGCUGGCUGUCUUCGCGGCGCCGGGGCCCUAAGAUGGAAGGCUGCCGUGCCCGUGCCAGCCUCGGGUGCGUGAGGAGGACUUCAGGAACCCGGCUAUGAGGUGCAGCGACCCCAGGGAAGGGCCACGCCUGCCUCGAUCCCUCCAGGGUGCCCGGGGACCCAGAACGGGGACGCCACGACCUCAGCUCCUUUCCCUUUCCCACGUCCGCGCCUCCUGACUGCGUCUCGCGGGGAGCGGGACCCUCUGGGAGGGAGGCGCAGAGAGGAUGCUAUUCCCUUGCUGUGGGUCGCAUCACAGAUGGCAUUUCUCCCCUGACUGCGGCCGAGGCAGUUCUCACCCUGGCUCUUCCUUUCCCGGUGUGGGAUUUUGCAGUCUCCGCCCUCGGCUCGACCCCUAGGUGCUUAUUGCUUGUGGGCGAUUAGGGCGAAGGCCAGAUGUCAGGGUCCUCUGUCCUGCACCCCCCUGGGAGGGACAGGUACCUAAAGAGCAGAAGCCUUUUGUUCCGGCCUCCUCUGCAGGGAGAUGGUUGUGUGCACUGCGUCCACCUGACCCUCCCCUAGUGCUGCUCUCUUUAAUAGACCGCUGGGAACCAGUACUUCUUUUGCCUCUUGCUUGCACUGUCGCAACAUCCCUGGAGUUUAAGAACACUAUAGAGCUGAUCAGAGUAUAUCACUGAAGAAUAUGAUGGCUGAAAACAAUUUAAAAAUGCUAAAGAUUCAACAGUGUGUAGUAGCCAACAAACUACCUAGAAACAGGCCAUAUGUUUGCAAUAUUUGCUUCAAGCACUUUGAAACACCGUCAAAAUUAGCUAGGCAUUAUCUCAUUCAUACUGGACAAAAGCCAUUUGAAUGUGAUGUGUGCCAUAAAACCUUUAGGCAACUAGUUCAUCUGGAGAGACAUCAACUAACUCAUAAUCUACCUUUUAAAUGUAGUAUUUGUCAACGCCACUUUAAAAAUCUGAAGACGUUUGUGAAGCACCAACAACUUCAUAAUGAAACCUACCAGAAUGAUGUUAAACAGGUCAGAAGAUUGUUGGAGGCCAAGCAAGAAAAGCCAGGGUACGGAAUGUAUCAUACUUUUUCCACAGAGGAGAGAUGGGCAUUACACCCGUGCUCUAAGUCUGAUCCUACAUACGGUCCUACAAAGAAAAGAAAGAAUAUUCAUGCAUGUACAAUCUGCGGCAAGAUGUUUCCAUCACAAUCAAAACUUGAUAGGCAUGCACUUAUUCAUACUGGUCAGAGGCCUUUUAAAUGUGUCCUGUGCAGUAAAUCUUUCCGACAGUCAACUCAUUUAAAAAUCCACCAACUCACACAUUCAGAAGAAAGACCUUUUCAGUGUUGUUUUUGUCAAAAAGGGUUUAAGAUUCAAAGCAAACUUCUGAAGCAUAAACAAAUCCAUACCAGGAAUAAGACUUUUCAGACUCUUUCACUAAAGGUGAAGAGUCCAGAAUCAUGUCCCCUGCCUAAUAAAUUAAAUGCAAAGCAGGAUGGUUUUGAAAAUGGUGUUAUAGGUGAAUCCGAGGAGAAUAAUCAACUUGAUGUCCACUCUAUUUAUAUUGUCCCCUUUCAGUGUCCAGAGUGUGAAGAGUGUUUUGAAUCGGAGCAGAUUUUCAAUGGACACAAGUGUUUUCCUGCCAGAGGUGGCAAAAUUCCAAGCAGGCUCAAAAGAAGCUACAACUAUAAAACUGUUGUUAAAAAAAUCUUGGCUAAGCUUAAACGUGCUGGGGGUAAGAAAUUAGAUAAUUUUCGAUCUGAGAAAAAAGUAUUUAAAAACAGUUUCUUGAAAAAUUCUGAUCUUAUUUCUGGUGAGCAGAGCCCUGAACAAACCCAGAGAACGUUUAUGGGUUCUCUUGGCAAACAUGGAACGUAUAAGACAGUUGGCAAUAAAAAGAAGAAAACAUUGACUUUGCCGUUUUCUUGGCAAAAGCACCUCCAGAGCCAAAAUAUGGGAAAAAACUUGAAAGGCGUCCUUUCAUCAGAAAACAUGUUAACUAUGGAUAAUUCAGUGAACAAUAAAGACAUAUCUAUCUAUGGUUCAUCAGGUGAGGAAUUCUUUGAUAACUGUGAAGUGCUUCAGUGUGGUUUUUCAGUUCCAAGUGAAAACAUACAUACUGGACAUAAGAUGUGUCCUUGUGACAAAUGUGAGAAAGUGUUUCCUUCUAUAUCCAAACUACAAAGACACUAUUUAAUUCAUACUGGACAGAGGCCUUUUGGCUGUAAUGUGUGUGGGAAAUCUUUUAGACAGUCGGCUCACUUAAAAAGACAUAAAUUAACUCAUAUUGAUAAGAUUCCUUACAGAAGAUCUCUUUGCCAAGUAGAAUUUGAAAAUUUGAACAGACUUUUCAUUCAUCCAGGUGAUAAUGUUACCUAUAAUGCUUCCCAACAAUGUCAGACUCUUGGUUUUCAAAAAUAUGAGAUGUCAGAGUCAGAUCAAAUAUCAGAAAUAAAAGUUAAGGCAGAAUCAGAGGAUUUCAUUCUUGGUACCCGCUAUAGGAACAGGCAGCCCUAUCUCUCUGGUGCACUUCUGGAAUCAGAGCAGAGCCAUCAUAGUCAUUGUUUUAGCUAUUCAGGGCGUAGUGAGAGGAAUGAUGGCCUUCUUUACCAGUGCAGUGUUUGUUCUAAAAGUUUUAGAUCUCCAUCUAAAUUGGAAAGACACUAUCUAAUUCAUGCAGGGCAGAAGCCAUUUGAAUGCUCAGUUUGUGGCAAAACAUUCAGACAGGCUCCUCACUGGAAGAGACAUCAACUUACUCACUUUAAGGAAUGACCACAAGAGAAAGUGGUUGUCUUAAAUUCAGUUACGGAAGUGACAGAACCACUAACACAUUUGUGGUCUCUCUGGUGUUCUUGUUCUUAAAGCCUGUAAAAUAUAUUUUUAUCAAAAGGCCUGCAUUAGGUUGAAUGAUUUCAUAAGCAGUUGCUUGUCUUGCAUAGUAAGAGGUAAGAUACAUAGUAAAUCAAUAUAACAUUUUAGGAACAGCCAAGUUAAUUCUUAGAGGAAAGGACAUGAUUUGAUGCCAUACAGUAAACAUUUAUUUUAUUUUAAUAUAUGCUUUGGCCAUAAUGAAAAUGUUAUAAGUCCAUGAUGUGGUACAAGUAAUUCAGCCUCGUUCACUUUUUAAAGGAGUUAUUCCUUAAGACUUGCCAUCUCCUUUUAGGUAUACUCAAAAGACAGAGGCAAAAUUUUUUUUUGGCUGCAGCAAAUAACCCUACUAUAUUUCAUUUAUUUCCCAUUUCACAUGAAAGCAUAAUUUUGUCCACCUAUGGCUCAAAUUCCAUUGCAAAAUUUUUUCUUGUAAUCUUAAUAAAUACUAAGGCAAUAAAAGUGAAAAUGGAUGAGAAGAUCAUGGCAUUAUUUUCAUUGGUCUUUCCCAAGCUAUUCUUAGGACUGUGUGGUAGCAUCACCUCCUUUUCCACAGGUGAUUAGAAUUGGUUUUUUGCCCAGUCUGCUGUUGUCUUCCCCAAAAGAAUUUAAAAGUAGGAGAGAGGCUAGGAUGCACCUCUAUACAUUUAUCAUGUUUACUUGUGAGGAAUAUUGUCCAAGUGCCAUAAUCUUUUUGAUGAUAUGUAUGCAGUGUUGUCUUCUCAGAGGAAUAAAUGCAAUUCAUCUAGUUGCUUAUUAAUGAUUGACAGCAGUAGUUGUAGAUUGAAGACUCACUUAUAGAUCUGAUUUCCGCAAGACUUACAUUUACUUUAGUAAAACUUUUAAUGCCUCUUUGAGUGGUCCUAUGACUUAACUAAGUCUUUUCUGUUAAGUUUGAUCAAAUGGCAAUGACUAAGUCUAGUUCUAGUUUUUAUUCCUCUAUGUUUUUUGAAGGACUCUAAUGCUAAAGAAUGUUAUUUUGAUCCUUUGUAACUUGUUUUAAUUAGUAAGGUAAUUAUCCCUAUAUAGGAAUAAAAUGCUUGUAGAAUUGAGGGUAUCAUUCUUCUAAACAGUACUGUCAUGAUUUGGGAAAUAUUUAAUCUUAAACUAUAAAAGAUUUACAAAUCUUGUCUGUCAAAUUUGCCAUUUUUUAUAAAAUCUUUAGAAAUGACAUUUCCUAGCAAUAAAAGAAAAGAACCAUUAUCUUUCUAAAGUGAAAAGAACAGGUGGGGAUUUAUCGUAGCACACUUAAAUAUGGUAACAAGCCCUUUAUUGAGACUGGAUAAAUGAAGAAUUUAAGUUUUGCAACAUACUCUAAGAACUAUCUUUGUUGGGGGGCAGAGAGGGGAGGUUGGUCUGCUUCUUUCACAAGUGAAUUUUGACAAACUAGAUUUAGUUUACAGAGAUGAAACACAACAGUAUGGAUAACAUGCCCAUGAUGUACCAAUGUGCAGGAGAAUCAUAUGUUUUAAAGAAUAAUUUCUCUGAGGUUUCCUUGAGAUAUGUUCCUCCAGUGCAAGCAAGAUGAUAGUUUACAGCAUUUGCUUUACACAAAAAUUUUCAAGAACACACCUAUUACAUAAAAGCAAGAAUAACUAGUUCAUAUUUUCCAGAAUAAAGACUCAAGGAAUUUUUUCCUUCCUAUGUCUGAAGUUAUGUAUUUUGGGAUUUUCCUAAGCUAUUUAUGUAAUUUUAUUUGAAGUAAAUGUCUCAUAUACUCCUUUUCCAACCCAAACAGGGAGAGUCCUCACAGUCUUGUGCUUCUAUGAUUAAUAGACUAUUUGCCUAAGUGAUACUACUAUACUUUUUUUUUGGCCCAUGCCUUUUUAAGCUGUUUCAUAUUGAAAGUUGGAAUAUUGUAAAAAUUUUGUCAAAGAUGUACUGUAGUGCUAUUUGAAGUACCUGUAACAAAAUCCUUAUUUACUUUUAUUAUCACUGCAAGCUGCUUGUGGAAACUUUACAGGAAUGAAAAGAAACUGUAUACAUCCAUGAUAAGAAGAUUUAAUGUUAGGUGUUAAAUGAUGGUUUGCUGCAUGCUAGAACUGUUAGUAUUGUUGAAUCAAUUACUUUGGUUUUCUGAAAAAAUAAACUUUAUAAAUAUCUUUAAAGAGAAUUAGAAGAUUUUUUUGUUUGGGUGAUCCCAGGCUGUAGCAUGAUUAUUUACUGAAGUUGUUUGACUGGCUGAGUUAGUGGGAUUAUUGUUUCUCGUUUCGUACUGCAACAGGGCCUACAAUUUUAGGACAAAAUGUGUGUAUGUUGAAGGAAAGUAGGUGGUGGUUAAGAUUCUUGAAAAAUUCUA